CUUUCUAUAAAGAGAUACACAACUGCGCAUGCGUCAAUUUCCUAGUUGUUCUUCUUGAUACUCAACAUUCACCCGCUCUGGUUUGCUUUAGCGAAUCUUAAUUUUUCAGAAUGCAGCAAGGCAACUAUCCAAGGCCAUCUUAUGGCGCUCCACCACAGAAGAGGUUCAGGAACGCUAAUGGACGAGCUAACAACAGGAGAAAGCAGCCUAACUUCUCUGCUGACAUAGUGUUCACCACCAAGGCGGGAAAUGUGCAGACCAUCCCCUCCUUGACCAAACAGUUGAAGGCCAUCACUGGUGAGACUGUCAUUGGUCUUCAGUAUGUGUGGGAGUACCGCAGCCCCAGUAAGUCAGUCCCGCCCCAUUACCAGUGUAAACUCUGCAAGGUGAGCCAUCUGCAGACUGACAUGCUGGCUCACAUCAAGGGCUGGAAGCACUCCUUCAGAUACAUGAAGCAAAAUCAUUCUGCCAAGAUGCCCUUUAAGGAAGAUGCUGCCACAAAGGACCAUGAAGUGAGGAAGAAGGUGAAAGAAGCAGCAGCAGAGCUGGAGAAGGCAGAGGGCAGGGGACAGCUAAAGGUGAUUCUGAAGGAGCCCAGUGAGGUCCAAGCGUUUGCAGGACUACGUUCAGCAAUCCCCAAAAUGGGGCCACCAGGAGGGAUGGGACCUAGAGGACCAAAACCAGGUGGCAGGUUUGCAGAGCCUCUGUUCCCAGGGGAGUUCCCUCUCCAAGGCAGCCUCCUCAACUACCCCAUGGGCGGUAUGGGGGGCUACUCUGACCCCCUGUCUCGCUCCACUCCCUCUACGGCCUUCCAGAAAAGGGACAUGAGCUUCCGAGGCUACCCUGACAAUACUGGGGGGCAGAGGCUGGGGGGUUCAGCCGAUGGCUUUGGGCUGGGAGGGGGAAGGGACGGAGGCUUUGGCCAGGAGGGGCUGUUGGGGGAGAGUCCGGGAAGCCGCUACCUUGAUGAGUUCAGUGGGGGACAGAUGGAAAGUGGAUCAGGCCAAGGGUUGAUGGGAGUGGUACCUGAAACCAGCAGCCUUCCGUCCACACUGCUCAAAUACCUGGACAAUUUCCGGAUCGAGAACGAGGGUGAUGCUCAGAUCGUGCUGAAGGUGACACAGAAGCUGACGGAUGUCCUAAUGGACUACAGACUUAGGAGUGUUUCCUCGCAGGGUCCUAGUAUGAAGAGCAGUUCGUCGCUGGGCUCCAUGAGCUACUCCGAUUCUCCCAGAAUGUCUAGCAGUAGUGACCGCUUCUCAGGCCCUUCCAGAUACUCUGAUGGUCCAUCAGGUACUAAAACUGAUCCAUCCCCACUGACACAUCCAUCUUGCUGGGGUAACCCAUCCUCCUCAGUUUGA